GAGGGAGGGAAGGAAGGAAGGAAGGAAGGGAGGAGGGAAGGAGGGAGGGAGGGAAGGAAGGAAGACCGUCUUUACACCCUUGCCCCUGCAGUGUGUGCCAGGACCUAAGAAUCUCGUACUAUUUUUUUAAUAAUUGAGGGUAAUAAAUAUGUAUUUCUUUCUCCUCACCAGCCACCAUCCUCCGAAGCUUGUCAGCUCCCUGAGUCUCUCCUCUGAUCAGACCAAGUCUUCCCCAAGCAAAAAAAAAAUCCUUUAAGCAAAAAGGAUUAAAGCCUUGAAAGUAGGUCUGCCUGACUCUCCCUGACUCCCUCCCCCCUCUCCCCUCCCCCUGACUCUCCCUGACUCCCUCCCCCUCUCCCUGACUCUCCCUGACUCCCUCCCCCCUCUCCCUGAGUCUCCCUGACUCCCUCCCCCCUCCCCCUGACUCUCCCUGACUCCCUCCCCACCUCCCUGACUCUCCCUGACUCUCCCUGACUCCCUCCCCCCUCUCCCCUCCCCCAGGGCUGAAGUGAAGAGGCCCCUCAGACUGAUGCCACACCUCAGGAGGGGAGGAUCCCGUAGUCAUCCCUUCCUGAAGCCCGUCUAGUCGCGGGGGAGGCAGCCUAGCCCAGCCCAGGUCUCCACUGGCUGUUGAGGAGAGGCUACUCCAGAACCAAGCUCCCCUAUCCCAAAGUGCAGGACAGAGGGAGGAGGCCCUUGUCUCAGACAGGCCCAGGUCUACCUUGCCACAUGGCUCUGUGCUUCAGGGGACCGUGUGACCUUGGAACAAGCACUUGAGUCUCAGUUUCUUCAACGGGAAAAUGGGAAUAUAAAUAGCCUGCUUCACAGAGGAAGAAGUAAGCUAAAGAUAGUCCCGUGUCUGGCACGUGGAAAAUACAAAGCAGAUGGAAGGCCAGGCGUGGGAGCUAACACCUGCAAUCCCAGGUGGCUUCGGGAGGCUGAGAGGGGAGGAUCACUUGAACCCAGGAGUUCAAUGCCAGCCUGGGCAACAUAGCGAGACAUCGUCUCUACAAAAAAAAAACAAAACAAAGUAAAUGAAAAACAUUAUUAUUGUUAUCUUGAUCAAAUCAUUCUGAGACAGAGGGCAGCUGUCACCUCUCCUAUUCCAUCUCCACAGCUCACAAAGGCCUGCCAGGCUCAGCUGCUUUCACAGUGUUCCCACCAUCCCUCCAAGAGGGGUUGAAGGUGAGGCUGGGUGGUAUGACUCGGAGCCUUGCCAAAGGCUGCUGGACCCAUAGGUAACAGAACCGGAACCCCGCCAGGUACAGUGGUGCGCACCUGUUAUCCUACCACUUUGGGAGGCUCAGGUGGGCGGAUCACCUGAGGUCGGGAGUUCAAGACUAGCCUGGCCAACAUGGUGAAACCUGGUCUCUACUAAAAAUUAGCCUGAGAUGGUGGCAUGCACCUCUAAUCCCAGUUACUCAGGAGGUUGAGACAGAAGAAUCACUUGAACCCAUGAGGCAGAGGUUGUAGUGAGCUGAGAUUGCACUAUUGCACACCAGCCUGGGCAACAAGAGCGAAACUCAGUCUCUAAAUAAAUAAAUAAAUAAAAGUACUGGCCUGGCGCCAUAGCUCACGCCUGUAAUCCCAGCCCUUUGGAGGCUGAGGCAGGUGGAUCACUUGAGGUCAGAAGUUCGAGACCAACCUGGCCAACAUAGUGAAAACCCAUCUCUGCUAAAAAUACAAAAAUUAGCUGGGCUUGAUGGUGGCCGCCUAUAGUCUCAGCUUCUCAGGAGGCUGAGGCAGGAGAAUCGCUUGAACGUGGGAGGCAGAGGUUGCAGUGAACCGAGAUCAUGCCACUGCACUCCAGCCUGGCGGACAAGCACAAGACUCCAUCACAAAAAUAAAUAAAUAAAACUUAGCCAGACAUGGUAGCACGCACCUGUGAUCCCAGCUGCUCGAGAGGCUGAGACUCGAGAAUGGCUUGAACCCAGGAGGUGGAGGUAGCAGUGAGCUGAGAUCAUGCCACUGCACUCCAGCCUGGGCAACAGAGUGAGAUUGUCUCACACACACACACACACACACACACACACACACACAAACAGAACUGGAACCCAAAGUAGGACUUUGUGUCCUCUCCUGUCCUGAGAUUCUUUCCUCUGCCCCAUCCUGCUUCCUGACAAGCACCCAGUAUCCUUGGCUCUGGGCCCCAGGAACCAAACCAGGAAAGGCCUGGUCGGGCUGGGGAGGGACACCUGGGGCAGCGGUGGCUGGUGCUUGGCAGACCCACCUGUUCCCGGACGCGGCUGCCAGCCUUAGCAGUUCUGCUGAGGCAGCAGCCCUGGCCAAGCGGGCUUCCCUCCCUCAGUGCUGGGUACAGGCACACACGACUGGCUGCAGGUGGCCAGCCUGCGCCCCCAGAGCCAUCCAGACCCAGGGCCCCUGGCCUGACCAGUGGUGGGCACUUGGCCACCUGGCCUCCAGGCCCCACUGCCAGGCCCCAAGGACGGGCCUGCCCGGGCUGCUCUGGGCCCUCCCUAGGCAGGAGAGGAGAGGAGAGGCAAGGCAAGGCCGUGAGGCCGGAGGGCAGGAAAAGCCGGGAGGGAGGUGGCUAUUUAUAGCUGGCUUUGCUUUUGUUCCUUUUCCAGCAAUGCUUCUCUUUAAAUAGGAGCAAGGCUGGAGGCUGCAGCCCAGCCGCCCGCAGUCAGCACGAGAGAGUGUGUUCCUGUGUGUGUGUCGGGGGAAACGUGUAGGGAGUGGGCACUGUGGUGUAUAUUUGUGCGUGUGUGCAGGGACAGGAAGAGGAGGCUGGGUAGUUCUGUGUGCGUGCACGUACACCGACGUGACGGGGGUGGCAGUUGAACAGCUCUUUGUGUAUGAUUGUUGGGAACUGCAUGUGCACACACGUGGAUAGGGAUGGUGCGGUUCAUGUGUGUGUGUUUCUGAGAUGGAGUCUUGCUCUGUCGCCCAGGCUGGAGUGCAAUGGGGCGACCUCGGAUCACUGCAACCUUCACCUCCUGGGUUCAAGCAAUUCUCCUGCCUCAGCCUCCCGAGUAGCAGGGAUUACAGGCACGCGCCACCAUGUCUGUCUAAUUUUUGUAUUCUUAGUAGAGACGGGGUUCACCAUGUUGGCCAGGCUGGUCUCGAACUCUUGAUCAUGUGAUUUGCCCUCCCCGACCUCCCAAAGUCCUGGGAUUACAGGCGUGAGCCACCGCACCCGGCCUGCGUGUGUGCUUCUAUGAUGAGCACACAUACAGUGCAGUGUGUGUGUCCGUGUGUGUGUGAGAGCACGCCUGUGUCGCGUGUAGACCCUGAUGUAAGCGGCUCUCUGGGACGAGUGAACACCCCUGUAAGUGGCCUGUGGCGUGGUCCUCGCCCUGUGUGAGAGGAUGUGUCCUAGUGCAGGGAGGGGAGUGCAGCUCUUCAUUUGUGCACAGCGGACUGGAACCCUCAGUGAGGGCAGGGCCCGUGUCCGUGGCGCGCUCUGCCCCGCACGGCGCUCUUCUGCUGGUGGGAUGAGCGCGCAGAGAAUAAAGGGGCUCCGGGGGGUCUUGAGCGCGUCAAACGCCCCCGAAGCAGGCGUUUUUAGGGCACUCGCAGAGCCCCACCCCACCCCGGGGUUCCCCCGCGCGCGAGGCCGCCCGUCUCCCCUGUGUCUGCUUCGAGGCUAGCGGCGUCCGGGCGCUCCCACAGCUCCGGCUUGGGCAGGAACGCGCCACGGCGACCUCGGAGGCCAAAUUCUGGCGAGCCCGGGGCGGAGGCGAGCUGGCCCCGCAUCCCCCUCUCUCGGCCUCGGAGUUCAGGUCUGUACAGUGGGCACAGGAAGCCGUCUGGCAUCUGGCGGUGACUGUGCGCUGGGCAGCCGUGGCCGGCCCGGGCGGGGCGCGUGGGGACCGCAGACCCCCGGCUGGCGGCUUCCGCGAAAGGGAACGGACCCCGGGGCAGUCACCCCGAUCUGUCGGCUCCGGGGAGAGGGAACAGACUCCAGUGUGGGCCGCGGAUCCCAGCGCAGUCACCCCGACCUGUCGGCGCGCCCCCCCUCGUCCCCCGGCUCUGGAGCAAGACGUCCCCUCCUGGGCGGGGCCGGUGCCCCCGGGGCGCUCUGGGCUGGGGUUGGCCAGCGGGAGGCUCCGGGCGCCGGUCUGGCCACCGUCCUCGCCCCAGGCCAGGCCACCGGCCUCGCCCAGCAGCUCCGAAUCAAUGCGACAGCCCUCCCCGCCCCUCCCCCAAAGGCCAAACAAAACAUAGUAAAUAUUUAAUCCGGGCCAGGGAGCCAAGGAGGCCUCCCCGCCCCCUCCGCCGCCGUCUGGCUCCCUUGCCAGCCCCGGCAGCUCUCCUCGGUAAUGAGGCCGUGAGAGGCGGGGAUCGAUCGCGGCCUGGGGCGGGGUGGGGUGGGGAGACCUGCACCCUGCGCGGGACAUCGCCGUCCGCCCCUAGGCCCCAGACCCAGGAGCCCAACGGAAGGCACCUGCGCCCACGCUUUCCCAAGAAGGCCUGCGAGGAGCGUGCCAGCCCCUACCAGCCUGGCGGUGCCCACCUCCCUUCUCAGAGGCCUGGUGCUGUGUGGAAGUGCUGCUGCUGCUGGUGGCUGCAGAGCUGCCCCUGGGUGGCGGCUGCCCGCGGGACUGCGUGUGCUACCCGGCGCCCAUGACGGUCAGCUGCCAGGCGCACAACUUUGCGGCCAUCCCGGAGGGCAUCCCAGUGGACAGUGAGCGUGUCUUCCUGCAGAACAACCGCAUCAGCCUGCUGCAGCCGGGCCACCUCAGCCCCGCCAUGGUCACGCUCUGGGUCUAUUCCAACAACAUCACCCACAUCCACCCCAGCACCUUCGAGGGCCUCGUGCACCUGGAGGAGCUGGACCUUGGUGACAACCGGCAGCUGCGGACACUGGCACCCGAGACCUUCCAGGGCCUGGUCAAGCUCCACGCCCUCUACCUCUACAAGUGCGGGCUGAGCGCCCUGCCAGCCGGCAUCUUUGGCGGCCUGCACAGCCUGCAGUACCUCUACCUGCAGGACAACCACAUUGAGUACCUCCAGGACGACAUCUUCGUGGACCUGGUCAACCUCAGCCACCUGUUUCUCCAUGGCAACAAGCUGUGGAGCCUGGGCCCAGGCACCUUCCGGGGUCUGGUGAACCUGGACCGGCUGCUGCUGCAUGAGAACCAGCUGCAGUGGGUGCACCACAAGGCGUUCCACGACCUGCGCCGGCUGACCACGCUCUUCCUCUUCAACAACAGCCUGGUGGAGCUGCAGGGCGCAUGCCUGGCCCCGCUGGGGGCCCUGGAGUUCCUCCGUCUCAACGGCAAUCCCUGGGACUGCGGCUGCCGAGCGCGCUCCCUCUGGGAGUGGCUGCAGCGGUUCCGGGGCUCCAGCUCCGCUGUCCCCUGCCUGUCCCCCGUGCGGCGGCACGGCCAGGACCUGAAGCUGCUGAGGGCCGAGGACUUCCGGAACUGCACGGGACCAGCGUCCCCGCACCAGAUCAAGUCACACACGCUCACCACCACGGACAGGGCUGCCCGCAAGGGCCACCACUUGCCCCAUGCCCCCACCAGAGGCAAGGGCCACCUGCCUGGCUCCCGGCCCGGCCACAGGAAGCCAGGCAAGAACUGCACCAGCCACAGGAACCGCAACCAGAUCUCUAAGGCGGGUGGCAGGAAGCAGGCCCCCAAGCUGCCAGACUAUGCCCCCGACUACCAGCACAAGCUCGGCUUCGACAUCAUGCCCACCGCCCGGCCCAAGAGGAAGGGCAAGUGUGCCCGCAGGACCCCCAUCCGUGCCCCCAGCGGGGUGCAGCAGGCCUCCUCGGGCCAUUCCCUGGGGGCCUCUCUCCUGGCCUGGAUUCUGGGGCUGGCGGUCACUCUCCGCUGAGGGCCCAGGGCAUCAUCACCCAGCACUGCCACGUGUCCACCAAGGAACAGAAUUAAUUUUCUUCUUUUUUUCCUAGUGGAAGAUCUGCUGGGUUUCAGGAGAAGGCUGGUAGAGGCGUCUUCACGCAGCUGCUGUCUGUACCCUGCCAUGUGGAUUGUAAACCCAAAGUGUACAGCCCUAGGUGGGAGGGGAUUGGCACGUCUCCCCCGGCCGUCCCCGCCAGCCCCACAGAACACCCACGGACAGCGUCCACUCCAGCAAGGCAGUAAAAGGCACACCGAGUGCAUCCUUCACUAGCGACAAUGGGACAAUCGCCCCCCAACGGCAGCGGCGGGGCUCUGCAGAAUCCCGAACGUCUGGAGAGGUCCGGAGGGCCCCAUGGUUCCUGGAGAAACCAGGACGCAGAGAGGAACAAACGAGGCACAUCCACGAGGCUGGGUGGCCUCAGUCUGGGCACACACGAGCAAGUGGCAUCCUGGCUGUUUCCUGAGGCCACUUAGUCACCCUGCCCUGAAUCCUACCUGACUCCACCUUCAGCCCCUCCCCGGGGGCAGCGCCUCUCCUUCCUGAUGUCUCAGGCAACCCUGGCAGACCCAGGCCCAACUGCUGGGGUCCAAGAACCAAUUACCAAAGGAAAGAUCAUCAGAGGCUGAAAUUCAAACUUCGUCCCAGGCAAUGAGGUUCUCACAGAAGGUGCAGUUUUAUAACUAUGUCCACUUAUAUAUACUCACACUCUACAUAUAUAUAUAUACAAAUGCACAGGUCCUCCCUCCCACUCCGUCACCUAACUGUAUGUCUUUCCAUGUUUAUAAACUAUACAGAAAACUGAAUUUGCUUAGCUAAGGAUUGUAUCGGUGAUUCCUAGCAAAAACAAAGUGAUAGAAUUUUUGCCUAGAAUCCCAGCCUGGCUUGCCAGGGACUGGGAAGGUGUCAGUGGGGAGGGUGAGGAAGGGGUGGCAGCAAGAGUCACUUUGGGGACCAAUAUUCUUAGAUAUUUAUAGCAUCACCUUGUUUUCAUAUGCAACACAAGCCUGUCUGCCACCCUGGAGCACCCUGUCACCUCUGCUAUACUAGCUGUGGGCUUCAGGGUGAGAAGUGAAUGUCAGGGAGCCAGGCCCUGAGGGCCAGCAAGACAGGAGGGGAGGGAAGGGCUUUGGGAUCUGGAAGCUGGCAGGCCAGGCAGCAUCCACAGUGUUAGUCCAGCGGGUUGGACGCUGUCAGCAGCCUAGCGUUUGGCCAGGGACAGUCUGGACAUGCCAAGAGACUCGGGCUUGAGCCCAGGCCUCCAGCACGGCUCAGCUACUAAACGUUUCCUUGAGGUUCUUCAGUGGACAGCCCAGCAAGGGCCCUGUGCAGGGCAGCACGGGGAGGCAUCAGGGGUCCUUAGGCAGAAGGGAAAUGAUGAGGGCAUUUCAUGAACCAUCUCAGGCACCCAGCCCUCCCAGCCCUCCUGGGGAUGCUCAGGGUGCAGGCAGAGGCUGGGGAGGCCACACUCAGGGGUCAGGAGCAGGGACGGGCACCACACAGGGACUGGGGCAGGCGAGCCCAAACAGGGAAGAGGCGCUCCGAUCAAAGCCAGCCAUGCCGCUGGCCAGGGGCCCAGGUGGGCACAAGCUCCUUUGCGCUUUGCACAAACCUGAAUCCCCCACCAGAGAGUAUGUGUGUGAGGAGCGAGAAACACCGAAUCCAGUUAAGAGAAAAAUAAUAAUAACAAUAAAUGAUCUUGGACAAGAA